UACAUAUUCACACACUCUCAUACACACACACACACACACACACACACGUACACACACACAUACAGGUGAAGCAUGUUAGCCCUCAUUGCUGCAGGCUCCAUCUUCUUCCCCGGACUCUUUCUGCUGUCCAAACAGAACCUGAAGCACCUGAAGGGAUGGAGCGAAGGAGACGCUGCCAUUGUGUCCACACGUCUGGUGUCGUCCAUCCAGGCCAUCAUGGCCUCAUCAGCAGGAUGUAUUAUUGCCUCGUCAUGCAGGGAUGUCAUAGAGGACAGUCAUUGGCUGACCAACACCUACAUCCUGUUUGCCACGCCGUACUUUGCCUACGACAUCUAUGCCAUGUUCCUGUGCUACUGGCACAAGCUGCAGGUCAAAGGUCACGAGGAGGAGGGUGUCAGGUCAAAGAGAGCUGCUGUGGCCAGUUACCUGCGCAGAGAGAUGCUCAUGGUGCUGCAUCACAUCUUCUUGGUGGCCUUCUGCUUUCCCGCCUCACUGCUGUGGAGGCAGGGGAAAGGUGACUUCUUCCAGGGCGUUUUGUUUUUGGCUGAGCUCAGCACGCCGUGUGUCUGUCUGGGGAAAGUCCUGAUCCAGUACAAGCAGCAGCACACUCUGCUGCACAAAGUCAACGGAGUUCUCAUGUUGCUCACCUUCUUCAGCUGUCGGGUGUUGCUCUUCCCUUACCUGUACUACGCCUACAGCAGGUAUGCAUCCAUCCCAGUGUACAUGGUGCCAUUGGUGGCCCCGUGGCAGUGCAACUUGGGGGCUGCUCUGCUGUGGCCCCUCCAGCUCUACUGGUUCACACUGAUCUGCAGAGGAGCCAUCCGCCUGUCCACCACAGGAUGUUCAAAACCAUCAUCCAAAGCUGACCAUGACGGCUGCCUCACCAAGCGUAACGGCUGCAAGUCGCAUCAGGAGGACUGACACUGGAGGUGAAGAAUAGAAGUGACUUCAACAUGAGCCAAAGCAACUCACAUUGCAUUUUUUCUACAGAUAAAACAUGUGACAUGACAAGUGUUUCUCAUCUAAUGUAAAAAAAAAUCUGAAGCAGCGAAUGUCAGAGAAGAGUUUAAUGAAAGGAGAGAGAGGUGAAUAAAGUUGGUGGUGAAGGCCUCAUAGAACCUCCAACAGUCUCAAAUGGAAAAAGUCACAGAAAGUCUGACUAAUGAAUUGAAAAUGAAGAAUGAUGAAAUGAAGAACAUAUAUCAUGAACAAGUUUCACCAGAUGAGGAACAGCGAGAAAUCAUAAUUUUAUUAGUGUUCAUGUUGACAUGUUCACACAGAGAGCAGGUUUCUCUCCCCAAACUGUUUUUGAUCAUUGGGAUCAAUACUGAGUGAUUUUUAUUAGUGAAAACAGGAUGAUGUGAGUGUAUUUGUUAAAAAAAAGGAAAAUGCUUCUCUGUCUAGGAUUAAUUUUUGUAACAAUGUGAUUACAAAAAUGCUGUAAACAUUCAACAUUUCUUGAGAGUGGAUACGACUCUUUAUCAUGCUGAUUUUUAAUUGGUUCAGCUGAUUAACUCAAAUAAUACAAAUAAUAAUCCCAGGCAUUUAUGUAUUUCUCAAGACUAGAUUAAUAUAAAACAUUAUUGUUGCUGUAUUCAGUCAUUAAAGUUUAAUGAAACCCUUUUAAACUACCUUAAAUACAGCUGUUGUCUUUGUGCGUUGAAGGAAUUGUAUUGUUCUGAAGCACUCAGAUAUGCAGUGGUGGACUGUAACUAAGUACAUUUACUCAUCAAAUACUGUACUGUAUUACAAA